UUGUUCACUCACUUCGCGCCAGUCUGUCGCGAGCGAUGCGCCGGGAGGUUGUGUCUCGCGCCGCUGCCGCUCUCGCCAACUUCGAACUUAUUUAUCGGAAAUAUGUGAAGUUUCCGAACUUAAACUCGUGCAGAACUCCCGUACCGUUCGCUUUUAAUAAUGUUUAGUUAUCUUCAGACGUGUUUAAAGUGUAGUUUAGCGUAUUAAAACUUAAUAGGCUCACCGUUCCACUUUACCUGUGCUCGUCCCACGACCGUGCGAAGCGGCUACCUUAUCGGAUAAAUAAACGAACAUUUUUCAAAUGGAUGUGCUUGAGUUCUGUGAUAGUGUGCGUGGUUUGUGCGAUUACGAGACCUCGUGAGUGCUUCAGUGACAAGUCGCUUUAGCGACGUGUAAGAAAUAGUAAUAAAGUUAAGUUAUACUUGAAGAAUGUGGCGGGAAAGUCGAUGGGCGAUGUUGCUGCUGCUGGGAUCGCUCGCACUGGCGUCGGCGCAAUUCAAUAAAGCCCGAGAGCACACAUCACACCACGUCACAAGACUAAGGCACUCCAGACACCUCCAAGGGAACACACCUAAUAUAUACACAGCAUCCUUCGCCGGGACAUCACCCAAGCUGGCCGUGAAGGACAACCACAAACCACUGUUCACCGAGUGCCUCACCUACCGACCCACCGUUCAAGAGGAGCAGCCGCAAGGGACCUAUGUGUUUACGGUGCACGCUGAAGACCGGGAUCCCCCGGAGAUGGGGGGUACUGUCACGUACAAGUUCGUGUCCACUCCUGGGGAGAAGGAGCGUUUCCACGUCGACCCUGAGACUGGCCGAAUCACUACAGCUGAUGUUUUCGAUCGAGAUGAACCGUCCAGAGAGAAAGAAGCGUAUAUCACUGUGCGUGCGAGUGACAAUGGCCAACCACAGUUGGACGACGCUUGCACCAUCAAAAUAGUCAUCGAAGAUAUCAAUGACAACCAGCCAGUUUUCGACAAAGUUUCAUAUUCGGAAUCCGUGCCUCAAGACCUGCCAAGCGGACGCGAGGUGAUGAGGAUAUCAGCGACAGACAUCGACGACGGGAACAACUCCAUCGUCCACUAUAGUCUCGACACCAACUCGCCGGAUCAAGCUUAUUUCUAUAUAGACCCCGACAACGGAGUCAUAUUCUUAAAUAAGACUAUUGAUAAAGUACCUGGCUACAAAUUCAAGUUAAGCGCAAUAGUGAAGGACAUGGGCGAACCGCCGCAGCAGAGCUCUAUAACUUUGGACAUCCAAGUGGUGGAGUCUAACAAGAAAAGUCCUUCCUUCAUAGAAGUUCCAGAUGGGCCGAUAAGAUUAAAAGAAAAUUAUGCGGAUUUCAAUGCGCAUAUAGCUACAGUUAGAGCAGUUUCAAACAUUCCCGAAGAGAAGAAACUUCUGUUCGAACUUGUGAUGGGUCAGACUGAACAGACAAACAAAUGGCACACGUUCGUCUUAGAGUCUGAAGCCGACACAGCUUAUAUUAAGCUGGGGAACCAUUUAGAUUUCGAAAAAAUUACAGAUUAUACUUUAACAGUGAGAGUACAGAAUAAUUAUAACUUAGCGGCAGAAACUAUAAUUCAGAUAGAAGUAGAAGACGUAAACGAUAACAUUCCUAUAUUCAGUGAAGUAAGAUCUGGGAGUGUUCUAGAAAACGAACCUCCAGGCACACCUGUCAUGCAAGUCAGAGCUUUUGACGCUGACGGAACUUCAGUAAACAAUCAAGUGACUUACGAACUUGCUGAUCCUUCAGACCCUUUCUCCAUUGACAGUAUCACUGGAAACAUCACCACACUUAAAGAGUUCGAUAGAGAAGAACAAAAAUAUUACAAUAUUAAGAUUAUUGCCACUGACAAUUCUGAAUCUGCUCUGAUUCCUGGGAAACACAAUACUGGCCAACAAGUCUUUAGGAUAGAGAUAGCGGAUAAAAACGACAAUCCACCUCACUUUACACAGGAUACUUAUAUUGCGGAGUCGAUAGCGGAAAACGCCAAUAUUAACGUGUUGGUGACGCAAGUUGCGACGGUAGACAAAGAUUCAGCUUCCAAUGUCUCCUUUAGCAUCGUCGCCGGCAACACCUACGAUGCUUUUGUGAUCAGCCCCAUCACAGGCGAAAUAAGAGUGAACAACAAACUCGACUACGAAAACAUUACAAGCUACAGUCUGGAUGUCCGCGCUUUUGACGGCCUGUACGAAGACUACGCGAAAGUUAUUAUUAAUAUCGAAAACUUGAACGACAACCCGCCUAUAUUCGUAGCCAAUUAUUCGAAGACCAUUGAAGAAGAGAAAUUAUAUGAAGGAUGUAUGGUUAAGGUUGAAGCAUACGAUCCAGAUAUCAAAGACCGUAAUGCUCCCCAAAACAUCCAUUAUUCUUUAGUAAAACACGAACAAAAGGAGUUUCUCAAAAUCGACGAUGAUGGAUGCCUUCGACUGACGAAGCCUUUGGACCGAGACCCUCCUACCGGGUAUUCAACCUGGCAGGUCCUCAUAGUGGCCGCUGACCAAGGUGGCAAACUCGGUUCAGACAGCUUGAGAUCGACCACAGAAGUCAUUCUGCAGUUGACGGAUAUCAACGACAACGCACCCUUCCUUACUAAUACGGAGCCCGUAAUCUGGUACGAGAACGAGCCGCCAGGCGAGGUGGUCACCCUGACGGCGAAAGAUUACGACUCUAAGGAAAACGGACCCCCGUUUACCUUCGCACUAAACGAUUCGGCUUCGUCGUUGGAUAUACGGUCCAAAUUCCAGAUACAAGGAAACAAGCUAUGGACCCUAGUGUCGUUCGAUCGCGAGGAACGCAAGGAAUACAGAAUACCCGUCGCCAUCACGGACUCUGGCACCCCCAGGAUGACUGGGGUGUCCAUACUGCACGUUGUCAUCGGGGACAAGAACGACAAUCCUAUGGCGCCGGGGCAUAGCAACAUCUUCGUUUACAAUUAUAGGGGCGAAGCACCGGACACAGAAAUCGGUCGCGUGUACGUCUUGGACCCUGACGAUUGGGACUUACCAGACAAGAGGUUUAUGUGGCUGCCGUCCUACGAGCAGAGGAGCCCGUACUUCGACGUACACAGUAACACUGGAAUGAUCACCAUGAAGACUGGGACUCCGAACGGCACUUAUAUGCUGAAGUUUAAUGUGACAGAACAGAACGAGCCAAUCGUUCCAUUCCACUGGGUGGAGGCCACAGUCAACGUGACCAUCAAGGAGAUACCUGAGGAAGCUGUGGACAAGUCCGGCUCCAUCAGGUUCAUCAACGUUACCGCUGAGGAGUUCAUCGUCGACGAGGGUGAUGGCACAAGCAAAAAGGACAAGCUGCAUCACCGUCUAGCGAAGCUCUACAACACGUCUUUGGACAACGUGGACGUUUUCACUGUCUUCAACAAGCCUACAGUGAAAGAUGCGUUCCUUGACGUGAGGUUCUCUGCUCACGGCUCGCCGUACUAUCCGCCAGAGAAGCUGGAUAGCAUGGUCACCACGAUACAGGAGGAGUUGGAGAAAGAGCUGAACGCCAGAAUCUACAUGAUCAAUAUCGACGAGUGCAUGGUGGAGAAGGUCGAAUGCGAGGAUUCGUGCCGCAACGUGCUGAUGAAGAACAACGUGCCUCUGUCUGUGUACACGAACACCAGCAGCUUCGUUGGCGUGUCCGCGAGGGUUGAACCGGAGUGUACAUGUGAAGUGGAGAGCAGAAUCGUGUGUUUAAAUGGAGGUACACCGUUCGCCGACAAAUGCGAAUGCCCCGAAGGUCUCACCGGCCCCCGUUGUGAGCAGACUUCCAUUGGCUUCCAUGGAGACGGCUGGGCCAUGUACCCUCCACCACCGGCCUGCCAUGAAGGCCAUAUGACCCUCACUGUGACGUCACACACCAGCAACAGCCUGGUCUUCUAUCUGGGGCCCCUCAAAUACAAUCCUCUGCUGGAUGUUCAAGACUUCCUCUCCCUGGAACUCGUCGAUGGCUUCCCGAUCCUCCUGGUGAACUAUGGCUCCGGCACCACGAGGCUCAACAACAGCGUCGUCCACGUCGCGGACGGCAAGCCUCACCUCAUCGAGAUCGUGCUAAUGAAGAGUUCAAUAGAGAUGUUCGUGGAUCGGUGCAAGCUAUCCACUUGUAUGAGCCUGGCGGCGCCUAUUGCGCCAAGAGAGAUACUUAAUGUGAAUGGACCCCUUCAAUUGGGUGGAGCGACCAUCGACUUCAGACAUCUAGCACACCAAUUUGGCUGGCAGCACAUCCCCACCAACCAGCAUUUCGUUGGCUGCAUCAGCAACUUCACGUACAACGACUAUUAUUACAACCUCGGCGAGCCCUCCGUACACCGCAAGGCGGACCCGGGCUGCCAGCUCAGCGUUUCCACAGCGGUCACCUUCGGCAUCGACACUAAUUUCCUUGUAGCCAUAUUAGUGUGCAUCGCUAUCUUAGUCAUCCUACUACUAGCAGUGGUCGUCCACCGGCGCCGAGCGGACGCCUGGGCCGAGAAGGAAUUGGACGAUAUCAGGGAAAACAUCAUCGCCUACGAAGACGAGGGUGGCGGCGAAGGAGACGCUGGUUACGAUCUCCACGUGCUCAGGCAGAUGUACGAUGGACCGCCGCCGGAUCAGGAUGGCACGUUCAUGCAUGCGCCAGGAGUAGUAGGCGCAGCGCCCGACAUCUCCGGUUUUCUGGACGACAAGAAGUCAGUGCUGGAUCGCGACCCCGACAUCAACCCGUACGACGACGUGCGACACUACGCGUACGAGGGAGACGGCAACACUAGCGGCUCGCUCUCGUCGCUCGCCAGCUGUACGGACGACGGUGACCUAAAAUUCAACUAUCUAUCAACGUUCGGCCCUCGGUUCCGAAAACUAGCCGACAUGUACGGUGAGCCCGAGGACGACCGCGCGCCCCACGAGGAGUCAUGGUGCUAGCACCACGCCUGGCUCGUGUAGCCACCAAAAUCCACCCUCAUAUGACUCUAACACAAGGCCCAGCCCUGUGAGUGAAUAGACCAAGCUUCGAGAUGCCUUAUCGCUUCACGGCGUUUGAUUUUGACACCGUAGCCUGUGUUCCAAGUGAAAUUUAAGUGUUUGGACCCACCGUUGGAAUAAGUUCCCUGUUAAGAGCAGAAAAUCGAUCUAUAGGUAAUUAAGAAGCCUGUGAUAAUUAAUUCGAUUUAUUUUACAAGCACAGGAACUAAAUAGUUCCAUUACCUAUGAGUAAAGCAAUGAUUUUAAGGUUAGCUAAUAUUACGCCAUUUUUUGAGUUAUAUUUUUUUACUUCUGUGUAAAGGUUCUAUGCGUCUUCCAUUCAUUUCUGAGCUGAACUCAAUUAUUCUUGAACUUUUCUUAAUUCGUAGUCUCCCGAUAUCACAUUUACAAAUAUAUUCUCGGAAUAUCACAAAUUCUGACAAAUAAUUACGAAAAAACCAGACAGCUCAGAAAUAAAUGGAAUUGUAUUGAACCAACUUAAUAUCCCAUUUAGAAACUUCGCGUAACAUCACUUAAGAAUAUUGAAAACAUUAGACAUGUUAAAUAUGUUUUUAAGAAAAUGACUGAUUUGUAAAGUUGUUUAGGCAUCGUUGUAGAUACGCCUAAAUUAUUUCUUGUAGGUAUGGUAAUUUUAUAUAAAUUAAACUUAAGUACGUACGGCUUGGUUAGGAGUAAGUAAUUUUAGUUUUUGUAAGUACUGUCACAGAAUAAAUAUUUGUACUAGGUAUAGAAGUUUCACUCCAUAACAAAACGCGUCUUACGACAGAUAUGACCGCUAGGUGGCGCAAGCGCGAGCAGGCGUCCGUUACGUAGCGGUGCGCGGCAACUUAUGUCUAGACACCAAAAUUGGUGUAGGCCGCAUGUACCUACUUGUAGCGACGCGACGAAAUUGCGGAGUGAGCCACGCCUGGUAUUGCUGUAUGUUCAUUUGUUCAUUACUUUUGUAUGAAUGUAAAUUAUUGUACUGAAGAAAGAACAUCCUUGUGACUGGCAGUAUUUAGGCCAUUGCAGCUGAUUAAGUAGGAAUUAAAAGUUAAGUGCCAUUUUUUCACUUUUUGUAUUUAGUCAUGAUUUUUGACCAUUACGACUGUUUGGUCACGUUGAUUACUACAAUUUAAUAUAACAGUUGACAUUAACUAUUUUAAAAGUGACAUUUUACUGUUUGUAAUCUUUUGCUCUCGGUGUACGGCCUAAAUAAAGGACAAAUUAAGUACGCAAAUUAUUGCAGAUUCUUUCUCUCUCCGCUUGCCUACUAUUUGUAUUAUUUGACAGAGAAAGAGAAUGCAGUAAUGUUAAAGAAAACUUGUCGGUAUGAUAAUGUCAGAAGUGGUAUCCUUGUAAACCAUUAUUAAGGGCUAGUCUGUUUUUCAUGACCAUAAAAGAAAAUAAUUGAGAAUCAUCCGUGGUGCCGUUAAAGGCUUAUGCUUGUCUUAAAUCACAUCUUUAGUAUAGUUAACGCUAUCUCUACUGAGCUCGUUUACUUGCGUACUAACAAUGGCAUUCUGUUAAACAAAAGCCAUUAUUUCUUUUGUGAGAGCGCGUGGCCUUUUUGUGUCUGAAGCUCACAUACAAUGGCCACGCGCUCAGGCACAAAGGCCACGCGCUCACACAAAAGAAAUAAUGGCUUUUGUUUAAUAGAAUGCCAUUGUAAGUGAACGAGCUCAGUAGAGAUAGCGUUAACUAUAUACGUAUAAACGAUAUUUCCAAGUCAUUAUCUCAAGAUUGUUGUAACUUAAUUACAUUAAUUUGAUUUAUAAUUAUUAUCUCGAAGGUAAGUUGCUAUAUUUAUUAAUCAAUGCAAUUUGAUUAUGUUAAAUAUAUGUAAGUACAGUUACAUAAUACCUAAGCUUCAGUUUUAAAGACACCACAAUAUAUUUUUCACCACACCAACUAGUAAAGGCUCUCUUGAUUGUUCAAAAACUGAUGAGAAAGUUGCAUUUUACCCACAUGUGGGGCAAAGUAAUCUGAUGCAAAUUUUUGAGCUGUUUCCUUAUGAUGGCUUACUAUCUACUGAAUGUGCUACUGAAUUGACUUAUAAAUGAUGAUUUUAAAUGAUAAAUCCGUACUUAAUAUUAUAAAUGCGAAAGUCUGUCUGUCUGUCUUUCUGUCUGUGUGUUCCCUCUUCACGCUUAAACCGCUGAAUCGAUUUAGACGAAAUUUGGCCUAGAGAUAGGUUGAGUCCCUGAGAAGGACAUAGGAUAGUUUUUAUCCCGAAAAUCAUCCCUUAAGAAAGUAAAAAGCGAGGUGGAAUUGAGAUCAUUAUUGAAGUGCCUGCUAAUUUGUGUGCAUAAUUUGCUCAAAUUGAAGGAUUGCUAUGAGAAUUUUUCCAGGCGCUAUACUUACUUUAGCUGCUGUUACUAAGUCCACGCAGACGAAGUCGCGGGCAAACGCUAGUAUUUAAUAACGUCCAUUUGGAUUUGAUUUUGUUUGAUAUUGUACAGUUAGUAUUUUCGUCGCGUUGGUGUGGUGAAAAAUGUUGUGUUUCACUAGGCGGCAAAAUUUGUUUAACCCUCUCGUGCCUUGAAACCCUCGCAACGCCCAAGAUUCCAUUUUUCGAACCCCUCGCUAAGCUCGUGGUUCAAUUUUGGAAUCUUUCGCUUGCUCGGGUGUCAAUAUUAACACGAGCGGUUAAACAACAACUUUGCCCCCUUGUUAAACAAUUAACAACAACUAUUGAUGUCAUAAGACACAAGCUAGACCUUAACAGGUUAAAUUCCUUGGUAUGGAGUACGUCCAUUGGUGUUAGUGUUAAGUUUCUUUUUAUAUUCUUUAAUACUAUGACGUAAUUUUAUUUUAUUGAAGGCAAACUUGUUUUUUUGUCAAUUAUUUAUACAAUUUGUUUGUAACAUAAACGUCCAGUUUUAUAUGUGGUGCAUUUGAAUAAAGAAAUAAGAAUUUA